GAAUGUUUGUUUAAACUAGUUAUAUUUCCUAAUUAAACUAAGGCCUAGUCCUGCCUUAAAAUAAUCCCUGUCCGGAAAACCGCCCCUGAAUGUUUAACUAGUAAUAUGAGUAAUGCAAGUAAUAUUUAUUUAAUAAAAAUGUUUCACAACUCAAUGUUGAAUUAUUUGAAUGAAAUCUGGCAACCCCUUGAUACCGGAAGUGCUCGUUGUCAGCCAGCGCGGGAAAAGGGUCUGUUUGGAUGAGAGCGCGAAGUGAUCUGUGCCGAGCAAUUCUUACAAGAUAUACAGCUUAAGUUGACCAGUGUCAGGAUGAAGGUGGUGACUUGUGAGAUUGCCUGGCAUAAUAAGGAGCCAGUAUACAGUAUGGACUUUCAGCAGAAUGGUGGGGGAAGGAUUCAGCGCCUGGCUACAGCUGGAGUGGACACCACAGUGCGGAUGUGGCGUGUUGAUAAAGGUCCUGAUGGGAAGGCAGUGGUUGAGUUUUUGUCUAACCUGGCACGACACACUAAAGCAGUGAACGUGGUGCGUUUCUCACCUGCUGCUGAGCUUUUGGCUUCUGGAGGGGAUGAUGCUGCUAUCCUUCUUUGGAAGCUGAAUGACAAUAAGGAACCUGAACAAGCUCCAACUUUCCAGGAAGAUGAAGAUGCUCAACUCAAUAAAGAGAGUUGGAGUGUGGUGAAGACUUUAAGGGGACACAUUGAGGACGUGUAUGAUAUCUCAUGGACCAGCGAUGGAAAUUUUAUGGUUUCUGGCUCUGUGGAUAACACUGCCAUCAUGUGGGACAUCAACAAAGGUCAGAAGAUGUGCAUCUUUAAUGAUCAUAAGAGUUAUGUGCAAGGAGUGACAUGGGACCCACUUGGACAGUACAUUAGCACCCUAAGCUGUGACAGGGUGAUGCGUGUGUACAGUGCUCACACCAGGAAAAAAGCUUACUGUGUGAGUAAACUGACAUCGACAGCUGCUGCGGAUGGAGAGGUAAAGAACUACAGAAUGUUCCAUGAUGACAGCAUGAGAUCAUUCUUCAGACGUCUCACCUUCACACCAGAUGGGUCAUUUCUUCUUGCACCAGCUGGGUGUGUUGAAGUUGGAGAGAAUGUCACAAACACCACAUAUGUAUUUUCCAGAAAAAGCUUCAAAAGACCCAUAGCUCAUCUGCCCUGUCCAUCUAAAGCAACUCUGGCUGUGCGGUGCUGCCCGGUUUUCUUUGAGCUCAGGACAAAGAGAGCUGAAGAUGGUUCACUGAAGCCAGUGUCAAACGCAUUUAAUUUACCAUAUCGGCUGGUGUUUGCGGUAGCGUCAGAAGACUCAAUCUACUUUUAUGACACACAACAGACGGUGCCGUUUGGAUAUGUUUCCAAUAUCCACUACCACACACUCAGUGAUCUCAGCUGGUCUCGAGAUGGCUCCUUCUUGGCAGUGUCCUCCACUGAUGGCUACUGUUCCUUCGUGUCAUUUGAGGAGGGGGAAAUUGGCACCCCACUGAAGGAGCGGCCUCCACUGGAAAUGGUGACCCCUUCCUCCGCCAAUGAGAAGAAAGGCAAGAGACUUUCAGCCAAUGGCAGGACCUCUUCUCCCGUGCCUCGCUCAACCAACACACCUGCCGCACAGGAAAAGAAGAAAGAGGCACCUGCGGUUCCUGCCGCCUCCAAAACCCCCAGUGUAUCUGGUCCAGAAGAAAAACGCACACCCCAAGGGACCAGAAUUAAAUCUCAGCCCAGACGGAUUACACUCAACACCCUGGAAGGAUGGGGCAAACCCAGCACUCCCAAAUCACCAGCAUCUACCCCUAAUACAGCCCCUAGCACCCCCAAAUCUGCCCCCUCCACACCUGCCUCCGGCAAAGGACCACUUACACCCCAUACUGCCCCCAGUACUCCUCUUGGGCCCCUUAACUCUAAAAGCACCACCACUCCAAAGGGACCCACUCCUAGACGAAUUUCACUGACACCAGUUGUACCCAAGUCUCAGAUUUUUGCCACCCCGUCUUCUACUGAGAAAGCAAAGCAUGAAAGACCAUCCCCACCCAGUGACCCGGCAUGCAAACCUCCAGAAUUUAAAAGGUCCAAAACUGAUGGUCCCGUUGACACUGCACAGAGCAGUGGGAGUGCAGAACAAAGUGCCAAACCCCAGCAACCUUAGACACUAAACACAGUUCAUUGUGCCUUAUUAGCAUUCAGAGAUGAAGUACUUCUAUUAUACCAGUAACUCAAUCCUGUGAGGCACGUGUUUAAAUGGACAUAUGGAGUCAGACAUGGACAUGCAAAUCUUCACUUAGAAAUGUUUUCCUAAUUUGUAUGAGUAUGUGUUAUUUGAAGAAAAAAUUAUAAUUUUCAACUUGUUUUCUUAUAGUUCAGUUUAAAAUGUAUUUUGUCUUAUGGAACUCUUAUGGACUUGUCUUAUUAUCAAGUCUUAUGGACUUGAAUGCUUUAUUGGUGUGCCGUCAUUUUAAAUAAGUCAUAAAACGUUGUCAAAACUUAACGUUUUUGAAAACUUUACUUGCUUUGUUUUGUUCAGCUGCAUUUGGUCAUAAAAAUUAUCUUUAGUCAUUGAAAAAUGACUAAAUGACUUCAUUUAUAAAAUAUAAUAAAUGAAAAAUGUAUAUGUAUUAUAUCAUGGUGGCGUGCAUAAUAAAUGUGUGAGACCUUUUCUUUAGAUUUGCUACCACAAAAAUAGAAACUGUAAAUAUAACAAAACUUUGUAUACAAUAAUACUGUUCAAUUUGUUAACAUUAGUUAGCUGCAUUAGUUAAUGCUUGCAAUAAACAAUACCUGUACAGCAUUUAUGUAUUCGUUAAUUUCACAAAUAUUCAAACAUUUACAAAUCAACUUUUUUAAUCAAAAGGUGUUUCUGUUAACAAUAAUGAACAGUUGUAUAACUGUUAACAAAGAUUAAUAAAUGCAAAUAUAUACAGCUCAAUAUAAUUGAUGUUAAUAAAUGAAACUUUUUUGUAAAUUGUUGCAAAAGUAUUCUAAAAUCAGCUUUUACCUCAGUAGUUUCACAAUGAUGAGAAAUUAAUGUUUCUUACUGUUAUUCAUUAAAACUUAAAGAGUGAUAGUUAAGGCAUAUUUAGUGUAAGCACAUUAACUCUAAAUAUUUUUAUUGUGGUGUAAGCUAAAUGAUGUCUGCAACAAAUAACUAAUAAUAGCUGGAACAUGGGUACUCGUGUAAUUUCUUCAAGAACAUUUGUGUUGAGAUCUUUGACCACAGCCAAGCUAAGAGCUGAACCAUAUCAUGUGAUCAGUUGAGUCAUUCUGCACCCUAUCAACAACAACAGAGGUGUGUACAUGUAAUGUAGGCAUGACAUAGGAAAUUUAUAAGCUUAAGUCAAGUGCUCUGUAAUGUGUUCCAGUGCAUCUGUUAUACAGUGAUCUUUUUCUGUUGGAAUUUUGACACAUUUAAUCUUUACAGACCUAGCAGGUCACAGCAAUUUUGACUGGAUGUAGUCCUCUAUAGUCCUCUCAGGUAUUUAUUUAAUUUAAUCAAAGGAAUUAAUUUGGUUGUAUAAUGCUUUAUAGUAUGUAUAUUUUAUAAAGCAGCUUUACAAUGCAUACUAAACCCCAGUGAGUCAAAAAUGACAAUGACCAGGGAAAACAAGUCAAAUGCAUGAAUAUGUUUUUUGCAAAAAGAUCUGGGCCAGUCGUGCUAGGUUUCAUUAUUUUUCACCUAUUUUUCAUCCCAGCACUGUCUAAAUUUGUACUGCAUAAUCUUCAAAAGCAAAAUUUAAAGUAAGAUAAAAGGAUAUUUUAGACUUUUCAGAAAAUUAAUUCUUAGGACCACAUUCCACAUUCAUUUAUGUUUUGCAGUUUAAUGUGACACUUUCAUGGUUGGUGCAUUGUUGUAGAUGAGAAUAAAAUAAUGUCACAUCCUAAAGCUGGUGAUGUCAAUAAAAUUAUUUUGCAAGUGA